AUGGGCUUCAUCAAGCGUUUUUUCUCCCUCGGCAGCUCCAAGUCCCGCAAGAACAAGAAGAAGCAGGCCGAUGCGCGGGCCCCGGUCGAUGCCGAGGGCCGCAUUCUCUCUCAGACGCAGCCGCGGCGAGGGGGCAAGGACAACCUACCCGCAGAUACACUGAGCGGGAACAAACUCCUCCGCUCGACGUCGACCAAGUUCUCGGUCAUGUCUGAGAUCGACUACACCUCGCUACCGCCGCUCCAUCUUCUUGCUGCUGCGCCCUCCACUCCCUCGCUUUCCCCGUCGCCGUCGAUGAUUACCGUCGCGACGACGCCAGGCGGGCUCAAGCGCAGCGGGACAUACGUCGUGAAGGUGCAUGAGCGCACGACCCACUCGCGCACUGACUUCCCGCAGACAAGCCAGCCUGAGUCACCCACCAAAUCCCGUUCGCGCCGCAAGCAGCCCAAGACGCCCGAGCGCCGUCGUCGCGACACCCUGGUCCUCACCGACGACGAGGACGCGGCGGCAGAAACGCCUGCUCCACGGAUGAAGGAGGUCAACUUCACGCCCAAGGACAGCUCACGCCUAUACAACCUCCGUCGGGACCCUUCCGUCGUCAGCCUGCUGAACCUUUUCGACGAUCACGGCCGCUUGGACUCAAAGGUGUUCGAAAACUCAUCGCCUGCGAUCUCGGCCAGCGCUGCUCCGGAGGGGAAGAUGCCGCGGCAGCGCACGGGCUCGACAUUUAGGGAGCUCCUUGGUGCACCCGCGCCGGCCUUCUUUGAGAACAGUAACGAGGGAGACAUUUCAUGGGCUGAACGACUGCUUGAGUGCGUGCCGCCCCUCCUUUUCGAGACACGUUACUGA